CGGGAAUGAAGGCAUCACCUACUGACGACAAUGUCGACGAUAUCUUUUGAGUCCCUUUGCCUAAAAGAUGAUGAAGGUUCAUCCCCAACACACCCUCAAAGAGAGGACGACGUGUACGACACGGACUUGGAGUCAGAUGAAACAGAGGACAUCUCCAGGGAGCCGUCCAUAGCUGACGUGUACCUACAGGCUUGUAAACUUGCAGGUGUGGUGCCAGUCUCCAUGUUUUUACGAAAUCUUCACUCUUCAACUCUUACACUCACCCAUCAUGGGCUGGGACCUAUGGGAUGCAAGGCUCUUGCUGUUGCUUUGUUGCAUGACAUGAAUAUCAAAACCCUGGAACUGGCAAACAACCACAUUCAAGCUGAAGGAGCCAAGUACCUCGUGGAAAUGUUGAGAGCGAAUUUAACUAUACACCACCUGGAUUUGUCCAACAACUGUCUGCUGUCUGCAGGAGCAGAGCAUGUGGCUAAAAUGUUGCUGCACAACAUUUCAAUAAAAUCCUUGAAACUUUCUGGGAAUGGCUUUACUGACGAUGAUGCAAAAUAUUUCUCAGAUUCAUUCUCAAGCAAUUUCAAAAUAAAAGAACUUGACCUGAGCCAUAAUGAAUUUUGUGGAAAAGGGGGAGAACAUAUAGGACAAAUGCUAGCAAACAACGAGGGUCUGGAGGUCAUGGAUUUAAGCUGGAAUCAGUUGAGAAUGAAAGGGGCGGUAGCUUUGAGUGCAGGACUCAAAGUGAAUACGACGUUAAAACACCUUGACUUGUCAUGGAAUGGUUUUGGGAAUGAGGGCGCUCUGGCCAUGGGAGAGUCCCUAAAAUUUAACAACACCCUGGUGUACCUGAACCUCAACAACAACCGUAUCACCAACGAAGGGGUCACCAUGCUCUGCAGAGGUCUUGAAUUCAAUGACACACUGCGUGUUUUACUACUGGCAUACAACUCUAUAACUGUGGAGGGAGCACUGGCUUUGGUGAAGAUGGUGAAGAACACUCCUAAAACUGCACUGGAGGAGAUAAACAUGUGUAAUGUUCUGGUGAAUGAGAACUUUGUGCAGCUGUUGGAGUCGACAUGUGAGGAGCAUCCUGGGCUGGAUGUACAGUAUGGUGGAGUUGGCGGAUUUAUUGCUAAGAAGCCACCGAAGCGUGUAGAUCCAAUGAAGGUCAUCCAGGAUUAUCUGGACUCACACAAGCUGCGUCUUUGGGAUUUCUUCCGGAACAUUGACAAAGACGGCACAAUGCGUGUCCCCGUUGCUGACUUCAGAAAGGCAGUGCAGCAUUCAAGCAUUCCUCUGGACCGAUAUCAGAUUGAAGAGCUAAUACAGAGACUUGACAGUGACAGGACAGGGAGGGUUGACUACAGGGGAUUGGCAGAUACAAGGAAACAGAUGAUGAGAGAUCAUCGCCGGCAACUGAGAAAGUUUGAAUCCCGUCAGAAAAAAGAAAAGCAAAAGAGCGACCGGAUCCUCAAGACUUUCCAGAAAGCUGUAGAAGCUGUAACACCUCACGGCUCUAUGGUCAUUUCUCCUGGCGCUCCAAAAGAUGACUCGAGUGGUCCGCGGCAGUUUUCCGCCACGCCUCUCAGCUCAUGGCACCACAUCGUCAUGUCCAACAGCAGUCGUUAUUCUGUCACUAACCUCAGCAAUGAGCAUGGUCAAACUAGCUCACUAGCAAUGCGGUCCUACUCUCAGCCCAACCUGCUGGAUGACUCUCCUCGAUCCGCCCCAGGAAAGUCCAUCUCUGCUCAGGGCACAAGGUCUGACCCAGAGAUGAGCCACAGUAAGCUCAGCCCCACAGCUGAUCACUUAACACGAUCGAGGCCUGCUCUCAACGCCAAGCAGACUGAAGUUAAAGCCAAGCCCAAGAAAGUCAAGAAAAAGAAGGGAAAGAAAGAAAAAGAGGUGGGCUUGAAGAACCCAACCAAAACUGCCAAGUGAUUAUGAAACCUUUAUAAAAUGUUUAAAAAAGAACAUUUGCAUAUUUGUUACUUAUAAAUAAAUACAUUAUGAAUAAAGGCAAUUUUAUUAAUUGUGAUGAAUUACAGUAUUUGUAUUUGACUAUAAUCAAUUCAAAGGGAUGCAAAAGAGACACUGAGGAGAGCACUCCAUAAACCAUCAACUAGUCACCAGUCCAUCACAGGGCCACACUGUACAUGGAGA